GAGGCAUGGGUUUUUGUUCCGCUCUUUGAAAACAGCUAGCUCCAGAAUUUUGUUCUCUCUUCUAAAGAGAGUGAGAGAGAGAGGGAGGGUGAGAGUGGGAGAGGGAGGGAGAGAGAGGGGGAGAGGGAAGAAACGUCUUUCCGACCGACAAAAACAAGUGUCUUCUAUAUGGGAUUAUAAAAUUGCUGUGUGUCCAUUGAGAGAGAACUUGUGGGUAGAUAAGUUUGGGAGAUACUACAAGACGGACAACUAAACAGCUGCUCCUCUGUAGACACAACCAUACGAUGCGCAGACAGAAUGUCCAUUCCACUUGUUUGAAGAUAUUUUCAGACUGGUGAGGUGACCUGAAAUAUUCUGAGGAAUAUCUGAGCUACACAUACAGGUUCCUCAGACCCAGUGUGACCGUCCCAUUGGACUAUCUGGGGGGCGCUGUCACUCAUCUCUCACUAUGAUGCAGCGGGACGAUCUGUCUGCCAUGGAGGAGUUCAGCUACACCCAGAUGCCCACGCUGGAGAGGGGGGGUGGCGGGGGUACGGUGGGCCGGCGGGGGUUUGCGGAGAGGGAGCGGCCGGAAAGCUACACGGUGGACGUGAGGGCCAGUGACCUGCAGCUUGCCCACUCUGAGAAGCCCAUGCACCCCUGCCUCAGCUACAGGACCUGGCUCUACAGCGUCCUCAUUGGGAGCAGUCUGUUGGUCACAGCAGGCUUCUCUAUCUACCUGGGAAAUGUGUUUCCUGCUGCUAUGGACUACCUGCGCUGUGCUGCAGGCUCGAGUGUCCCGGCAGCAGUUGUCAGCUUUGCCAUUGCCAAGAACCAUCAUGUUGCAGUGUCAGAUUUCCAGGUGGUAUUUGUGUCCACCUUUGCUGUGACGACCACUUGCCUGGUGUGGUUUGGCUGUAAGCUGGUGUUGAGUCCCUCUGCUGUCAAUAUCAACUUUAACCUCAUCCUGCUGAUUCUGCUGGAGGUGCUGAUGGCCAGUACAGUCAUCCUGUCUGCACGCUCUGCAGAGGACUGCUGUAGCCACAGGAAGCCAGUGACGUAUGACGGUCCUGUGGUUCUGACACCGGCCGUCUUUCCCACCCGACUACUGAAGGCCUACUCUGUGAUUGAGGUGAUAGUAGGAAUCUCGGCUGUGUUUGGCGGUAUCAUCGCUCUCAACAUGGACGUCUUGCUCCCUGGCCCAUACCUGUCUGUCACCUUCUUCUGGAUCUUAGUGGCUUGUUUCCCCAGUGCCAUUGCCAGCCAUGUCGUGGCAGAAUACCCCAACAAGUGUCUGGUGGAGAUGCUGAUUGCCAUCAGCAGUGUGACGUCCCCGCUGCUCUUCUCAGCCUCAGGCUUCCUCUCCUGCAGUGUGCUCGGUUUCAUUGACAUCUUCCUGCAUGAGGUGCCUACAGCCAAGCAAUCGUAUGAGAUCCUGCUGCUGAUUCUGAUGGCGCUGCUGCUGGUGCAGGCAGUUCUGACUCUGGCCACCGUGGUGCACUGUGCCUCCUACAAGAGCCAGCUCCGCAUGGGGGGUCCUGAGUGGGAUGACAGCCUGCAGCUCCCAGCCUUCCACUCAGAGCAACAAGCAUCCAACGGAACACUGCGGGAGUUUGACAAAGACAAGGCCUGGAAGGCGGUUGUGGUCCAAAUGGCACAGUGAACAGAGGAGGAGGAGAAGUUUCCCUGUCAGAGAAAAGAAAAAGAAAAGGAGCAAGGACAGGGGAGGACAAACGAGUGAGGGAAUGGAGAGGAAGGAUACAGUAGGAAGUGUGUGACGUCAUAAGCAUUCACAUCUCUCUGAGGUCUACAUUUUAAAACAUGCUAUAACAAUCUCCUUACUGUGUACAAUCUGUAGACAAUUGGGUACUCUCAUGCCUGUUUGUACUGUAUUUGCAGCACAGUAUUUUUUCAGUCUUUGUCUGUAUGUAGUUAUCUUUAUAUAUAGGGCUUUAGGUCUAAUUGAUAUUUACAUGGAGAAUUACAUAUACAACAGACCUUCAGUUUUUUACUAUAAAACUAUUGUGUCCUUUAGAUACAGUUGGUGAUUGUAUUGCUGUCAUGUCGACAAAUAAAACAGUUUAUACACCA